AUGGCCAAGUUGAUCUGCACCCUACUCUUGGUGUCACUCGUCGCCUCCGAAGCUCCGACUGAACAGGAGCGCAAGGACCUUCUCGACUUUCACAACAACAAACGGGCAACUGUCAACCCCUCGGCCACUAAUAUGCUUGAAAUGGUGUACAGUGCGGAGUUGGAGAAGUUGGCGAUCGACUGGGUGGCCAAAUGCAAGUUUGAACACCCGAAUUCAAGCCAAUAUCCACAAUACAAUGGCAUUGGACAAAAUCUUGCCCUAACCGGAGGUGUUGGCCGUAAUUUGGUCUCACAGGCAACCCAGUGGUGGAACGAGGUCAGUGGUUAUACCUACGGAUCAAACGCUUGUACGGUUGGUACGGUCUGCGGACAUUACAUUCAGAUGGUCUGGGCGACGUCUGAGGAGCUUGGGUGUGCAGUUAAACAAUGCGAUAGUUUGAUGCCGAACUGGCCCUCACCGGUAUUUUUACUGACAUGUCAGUAUAAACCAGCGGGUAACUACAUAGGCAUAAGACCGUACACAAGUGGCAUUAGCUGCAGUCAGUGUCCAGUUGGAACUACAUGUGUAAACAAACUUUGCUCCAGGAGAAAUUCCAACAGAUCGAGAGCAACGUCCUCUUCAACUGUCACUGAGAUGGGACAAAUUACUCUAUUCGCUGCCAUUAUGAUCUACCCCCUUGUCUGA